AUGGAUCCCUUGGAGAGGAUAUCUGAGGCUCUGGAGCUCAAUGAAGAGAAACGGAAGAGCCUCCAAACUUUAAUGGGCUUGGUGAUGCUUCAGUGCAAAGAUGUUGACGAGCACCUGAAGCUGUUAAAGAGUUCUUUCAGUGAAAGCUUCACUGAGCUUCAGUCCAGAGAGAAGCUCUUGAAGUCAGCCCAAGAAUCAGGUGGGAAAAACUUUCAAGAAUUUGUUUCAAGGAGAAAAUGGAUAGAGGAGAGGUUGAAGAAAGUGGAAGAAAAAGAGAACUUGGUAAAAGGGAUUCUGCAGGAAAUGGAAGAGAAGGAAAAGCAAUUUGGGAACACUGUUGAUGAAAAGCUCAGUGAAAUUUGUUUAAAAGAGCAGCAAGUUGAGUGCCUGAUUAAAGAAAUGGAUUUGAUUCAGAAUCAAAUGGAGGUAAGGGCCAAUGAGCUUGAUUUAAAGGAGAAAAAGUUGGUGGAGCUUGAAAAGGAACUUGGAGUAAGGGAGAAGAUUUUGGAGUUAACUGUGGAACUUAAUCAUCAAAAGAGAGAGCUUGUGACCAUACAAAAAUCCCAGAAACAGUGUUCCCAAGAACCCGAUUCAGUCAAUCCAGUGGACUCUGCAGAAGUGAGAGCUGAAAGCAGGAAAAGGUGUUGGAAUUCAUCAAUGGUGGAACCUAGCAAAAAGAAUGAUGAUGAUGCACAAAGCUUGGACAUGGGAGGAGAAUGCAGCAACAGUUCCAAACGAACUUGCAAAGCUGAAAAAGAUGCUGAACGAGUUGAGGACCCUGGUGAUCUUUUUAGGUUAGAUUUAGAUUCCACUGAAAGUUCAGAUUCAGGAUCUAGUUAUCGGCCUAGUAGUUCAGAUGAGAAUGAUAAAAUUCAGGUUAAUCUUGAUGAUAUGGAACUUAAUUCAGAUUCAGGGGAGGUUGCAGUGUCAAAUUCUAUUGCUAAAGCACAUUCAUUGUUAACUAAUAUUGAGAAGAAGAAGGGGAAUAGACUUGAAAACAGCUUCGAAGUUGGGCAAACGUGGGCUUGCUUUGACGGAAAAGAUAGCUUGCCAAGAUCAUACGCCAGGAUCACAAAGGUUCUCAAAGCUGAUCGAAAUUUCAGGUUGCAAAUUGCGUGGCUUCAGCCAGUUCCACGCUCAAGAUGUGAGAAGAAGUGGAUAGAUGCGGGCUUACCAGUUGGUUGUGGAUUCUUUAAACGUCGGAACAGAAGAAUCUUAUACCCCAAUGCUUUCUCUCAUCAAGUGUGGUGUACGAAACCAAAGCAAUGCAAGAAGUACUUCAUAAGACCAAGAAAAGGAGAGAUUUGGGCUGUUUAUAUGGACUGGGAUAUUGCCAUGUGGAGCUCUCAUCCAGAAAACCAUGGAAAGUGGAAGUAUGAAAUUGUGGAGAUUCUUUCGUAUGAGGGUGGAUUUCGAGUUGCUUACUUGGAAAAAUUACAUGGCUAUGUGAGUUCAUUUCAGAGGAGAAGCAAGAAUGAAUCAGUUCUGAUAAGGCCUAACAGCUACUUUAGGUUCUCUCACAGAGUGUCUCCUGCAAAGAUGACCUGCAAUGAGAGGGUUGGUGUCCCUAAUGGUACUUUUGAACUCGAUCCUAAGUGCCUACCUCCUGGACUUUGA